GCACAGUGACUUUAUCAAAAGUUUAUCAGCUUCCUUUUUUACAUUAACUAUCUAUAAUAUACUUACAUCUACUUGUUAAGAUCCAGCUGAUGUCAUAAAUAAACAUACAAUGCACCUGCAAGACGAAUAAAGCUAUUAAAAUCUGGUUGUAAGUGUAUAUAUUGUAUAAAUUGUACAAAGUGCGCAGUAUCUGCCAAGAGUGUCAGUAUAGUACCCAGACCAGGGGACAAAUGUUUGUAAUUAUUAAUUCUUUAAUCACCUGAAGUAAAAAUUAACAUAUUGAAAGUAUUUUUGUGGGAACCAGGGUUUGCCCGUUGUUGGGCUCUCCCGGCCCGAGACCAUUCAGACAUGUCUAUUAGAUUCCUUGCUCAACGUUUGGUUCAACAUGGUCGUAUUAUUCUUCAUACGCUCCGCAACAACGAGCUACGUUAUUCAAACACUCAUGCUAAAAAUCACUUUAUCAAGAUACACGUUGUUCCAGUAGGAAAAUCCCUAGGCCCAACGCCUCAGGGUACUAGCAAUGCCACUCACGUUAGGUCGCACCUUGGUUACAUUGGAGCCCAAGCAAGACGUAUCUUCGUAGAUAACAUCUUAAGACGAGUUACCAACAGCUUGGCCGGUGAAUUACGAAAGAAAGCAGCAAAUCGUCAUUUAUUCGGUGACUCAGCUCCAUUUUUUGCGUUAGUUGGAGUUUCAUUGGCUUCAGGUACCGGAAUUCUGACUAAAGACGACGAACUAGAAGGGGUUUGCUGGGAAAUUCGAGAAGCAGUUUCUAAAUUACAAUGGAUGAAACCCGAAAACGACAGAAAUUACGAAUCACCGGAGGUUGACAAGCAGCCGACACCAACCACGAGCCUCCAGGAUUUCGUAUUUGGACCGGCGAUAGCCAAAGGAUGCUCCGCAGUAGUUUACGCAGCACGCUUCAAAGAAGAAACUUUGAACACAACGAGUGAAGUAGACGGCCCAAUUGUAAAAGCUGACGAUGAACAUGUGACUAAUUUUCCAUUGGCUAUUAAGAUGAUGUUCAAUUAUGACGCCGAGUCCAAUUCUAUGGCGAUAUUACGAGCUAUGUACAGAGAAACUGUUCCGGCUAGAAAAUACGAACGCGGUGAAUUGACCGACUGGGAGUUGAGAAUCGCUGAUAACAAACGAGCUCUUCCACCUCAUCCUAAUGUCGUUGCCAUGUACCAUGUAUUCACUGAUAGAAUUCCAUAUUUACCUGGUUCAUGGCAAUUGUAUCCUGACGCGCUACCAGCGCGAAUAAAUCCCGAAGGUUCUGGAAGAAAUAUGAGCUUGUUUUUACUUAUGAAAAGGUAUGAUAUUACUUUGAAAGAAUACAUGGUUGAUCAUCCAGUAAAUAUUCAAGAGUCUGUAUUACUAUUCGCACAAUUGUUAGAAGGUAUUGCUCAUAUCAAUGCCCAUGGAAUUGCUCACAGAGAUUUAAAGAGUGAUAAUAUUCUGCUGGAUAUAUCCGAAGAAACGGACAAUUGUCCAUCACUGGUAAUCACUGACUUUGGAUCAUGUCUUGCGGACAAACGUCACGGUCUCUAUCUUCCUUUCAACUCUCACGAUGUUGACAAAGGAGGAAAUAUAGCGCUCAUGGCUCCAGAAGUGGUUACUGCUGAGCCAGGUCCUUUCACGAGUAUUAAUUACACUAAAGCAGAUCUAUGGACUGCUGGUACAAUUGCCUACGAAAUUUUCGGUAUGGUGAACCCAUUUUAUGGAGGAAAAAAUGAAACUGCGCAAUUGAAAAAUUAUACUUAUUCGGACAGUGAGUUACCGGAUUUACCGGAAACUGUUCCGACUAUUAUUGCUGCGCUUGUUAAGAAUAUAUUGAGCCGUAGUGUUUAUAAGCGAAUGAGUGCUGAAAUGGCAGCAACUAUAAUGCAACUGUACUUGUGGGCUCCGAGCGCUUGGCUUAGAAAGCGCAAUAAAUUGCCAUCGAGCAAUGAAAUUCUUCAGUGGCUACUCUGUUUAACUACCAAAGUUCUCUGCGAAGGUCGUGAAAUAGAAAUACUUAACUCAAUGCCCUCGUCUAGUCAGGACGAAAAAGUCGAGAAGAAAAAUUACCGCAGAUUGAUAUCCACUCGGUUGAGUGGAAGACGUACGAUGCCCGAGUAUCAGUUGAUCGCUAGUUUUCUCGGCAGAGUAAGCUUGUACAAUGUCCGCGAAGGGUUACAGUGGAUCGACCGAAAUACCAAUUUUAAUUAACUAGAUUAAAUACUUAAACUUCUGGUAAUUAUUUAAAGUCAUUAAUUAUUACGUUUUCAAAAUUCUUCAUCUAAAUUCCAAAUUUAUUUUUUUAUAAAUUUUUAAAGCUUUUUAUUGUUAAUUAUUGUUCUAUCCAAUUGGCAUGAAUUUUGAUUUGAUAUCGAAAUAUUUUAUGCUAAAGUAAAUUAUGUGGAAAUAAUUUGGUUGUUAGAUUUAAAAUCUAAUGAAUUUUGUACAGAAAUGGGAGUGUUAUAUUAGAUUAUAUAAUUAAUAUAUAGAUAUUAAUAUUAGAAUAUUGGAAAAAAAAUUAAACAAAGACAUAUUAAAGUACUGGAAGGCCUGGAUAAUAGAUAAAAGAUAAUAGAUAACUUAUGUAAAUAAUAAUACUGAAGAAAAUAAAUGAAUAUUAUUUCAUAA